AUGAUAAAAAUAAUUACUCCGAAAGAUGCUGUAAUUUAUGAUGAUCGCAUAAAAAAAUGUACAACUAAACCGAGUGCAAAAGAGUUAGCAGCAAUAUCACAUGUAUCUCUUUUAGCAUAUGAAAAGCCAGUUGUACCUGGGUACAGCAAGAUUCAAGUCCAAAAUCUACAUGAUGAUCAAGUACUGAUUGAAAAAAAAUUUAAUGCAGUUGAUUUGUUGUGGUUAUACGGAAAAUGGAAGAAUCUUUCACCGUUGCCAGGGUGGAAUGGCUAUCUUCAACAACUUACGAAAAAUAAUCAAAAUUUUUCAACUUCUCAGGUUAUAUUUCUACCUUUCAUUGAUCAUCCUGCCAGUAAUUUAGACACAAUUUAUACAACUUUACAUAGUGCUAUAAAUAUUGCCAAGUCACAUCAACAAAAAACGUGCAUAAUUACAUUUGAUCAGCCCCUGUACUCAAAAGCACGUGAAAUGGUUGCUGCGUCAGAUGCAAACUCAGACUUGUCUAAAACAGUUGUCAAACUUGGAGGAUUUCAUAUGCUCAUGUCUUUUCUUGGAUGCAUAGGACAUGUAAUGGACGGUAGUGGUCUCAAGGAAGCUUUAAGUAAAAUAUAUGCUACAAAUUCGGUCGACAAAAUGUUGAAUGGUCACGCUUAUGCAAGAAGUAUCAGAGGCCAUAUAUUAUUACGACUUGCAUUAUCAAUAAAGAUUUUUGAAGAGAUGAAAAUUGAAAAUUGUGUGUUAGAUGAGUUAAUUGAACAGAUAACUAGUCGCGAUGUUUCCUACGAAGAUGUUGAAGGAUGUACGAGCAGCUCCAACUCGUUUAUUGAUCAAUUUCAGGAUAAACUAAAAGAAUUAAAAGCUCGAGGUCCCACGGCACAGUUAUGGGUGCAAUAUUUUGAAAUGAGAAUAACUGUAAGCAAAAAAUUUGAAAGUAAUUUACAAGAAUAUCUUCAGUAUGAACUAAGCCCGUAUCCGACAUCUUUAUUUGAUAGUAAUGGCAUGAGAAAAACCACGAAAGCAACAUUAUAUGACAAUAUGAUGCCUGUCGUUAUCGAUCUUGAUGAAAAUAAUGUAACAUACAUCAUCGAUGGUGGAUUUCUUCUGCAUCGCGUCGUAUGGAGCAAAGACGAUACUUUCUCUAUUAUUUUAAAUAAGUACAUUAAAUAUUUACAAACACAUUAUGGCUCAGCAAUUGUUGUUGUAUUUGACGGAUAUUCGGACUAUAGUAAAAAUAUUAAAGCACUGGAACAACAAAGAAGAACUGCUGCACUUUCAAAAUCAUAUGAAGUUUGUUUUGACGAAACAAUGGUUGUGCCAAUCAGUCAAGAAUUUUUUUUAUCAAAUCGGUCUAAUAAAAAAAAAUUUAUCGACAUGCUUGUUGAAAAAUUUAAAACUGUUAAUAUCACAACAAAACAAGCUAGAGAUGAUGCUGAUGUUCUCAUCAUUGACACAGCUAUUGCCUUAUCAGAACAUCAAAAGACUGCUGUCAUCAUAGGAGAAGAUAUCGAUUUGCUCGUUAUUUUAAUUGGACACGAUGGCAUUCCUAAAAUAAAGAGAAAAAAGAGCUCACAUAUUAACUUACCUACGUUAUCGAAGACGUACGACAGAUAUGGAGUCUCUGAUAGGGCGGCGGCAGCGAUCGCAUCAUCUGUUUUGCACGAUAUUGGAUCUGAUCUUGAGGUUAUUGAUAGACAUAAAUUACGAAGGGGGAGAUCUAAAAACCGACAGAAAUUAGUGAAAGAAGUCAUUAAUACAGAGCUUUCUGCUUUAUACUUUGACGGAAAGGAAGACAAAACUUUAAAAAUUGUUAAAAAAGGGUUUUCAAUCUCUAAGAGCCUUCCUUUGAAAAAUAUCACCAAUACUAUCUGCAAUUUGGAAAAUGUUGAAACCGAUCAUCAAUCUACCUCUAAAGCGAACAAUGAUAAGACAUCAACUAAGCAACCUGUGCUUGAUGGAUUUCCAUCAACCUCUAAAUUUAAUAGUGAAAGUAUGGAACUAGUUCAGUCUACCUCAAAAGCCAGCAUUGAAAAAGUGGAGAACAAAUCAACAGAUUCUCCUGUGUUGAAAGGUGCAAAAAAUCUGCCUUUAUCUGAGAGGUACUCAAAUGAAGCAUCUUGGCUUCAAAAGAAAUUGCACAAGCUCCAACUGUCCAAGAACUCCAUGGCGACAAGGUUGAAAAAGGCUUUGAAAUUAUCCGAAAAUGCAACAUUCCAAAAGGCAGUAAGCAAAUUUACUGCAGCUGGUUUAUUAUUCAUGAUGAUGCAGUUUCGUGAAAGCAAAAAAUUAAAAAUGGGUGGUGAAGAAAAAACUGCAAAAUGGGAGCAUGUUUUCCAGUUGUACAAAGAAGACCCAGCUUACCAGGGUAUAAGGUUAAUGCCAAAAUUAACUGACAAACAUGUUGUGCCUGAGAAGAUAGCCAAAAUGAAAGUUAAAUGUGCAUCUCAGCUUUUUAGCCAAUCUGUAUCAGUCAACAUGGGAUAUUUGGCAAGUAAAGGAAUAAUUUCAAAGGACUGUAAAGAAACAGCUGAUUUAUUUUUAUUUCUUGACAAUUUGUUCGACUCUUUAAAUGGGAGUCACAAAAAUUCAAAAAAGAGGUCUGGCAAACCAUUGCUUGGACCAGUUACCCCAUCUUCUGGACAUCAUAAAAUAUGGCGAGAAGCAAAAGAAGUAUUAAAAACAAUGAAGUUUGUUACCAGUAAUGGAUACACUGUCGUACCUUCAAUAACUAAUUGGCUGCAAAGUAUUGAAAAUAUAGAAUAUUUAGUUCAAAAAAUAUUUACUCAAUAUGAUUUGGCAUCUCUGUGGAUGAGGCACUUCAACCAAGACCCAUUAGAAAAUUUUUUUGGUAGCAUUCGAAGCCAUGGUCAGCAAAGAGAUGAGGACUUGAGUGAUGUCGAAGAUCACGUGGAAUUACAGGAGACGAUCCCGACAGAUUCAGACAUUGAUGACGACGACCAACCAAUUGGAAUACGGCAAAUGCAGCGCCGAAGCGGUAUCAUUUUAUCUUCCGAUUCAGAGAAUGAAGAAACAUCAGGCACAUCUUUCCAUUCUACACCUUCACGACGUAUAAUUAUUUCAUCAACUCAUAAUCUUAGAGGAAAAAAUGCUGAUUUAAUUCGUAACAUACUUACACAUACUAAUGAAGAAAUAGAGUUGAGAAGUUCGAAAUAUAAAGAGAGUAGGUACUGCUACUAUUACUCUGACAUGCGAAGAAGAACUCAUUGCUUUGCUUGGAUUGCUUUUACUAUCAGCUGCAAAAAAGAUAAUCAUCUCACGAGCUUAGAACUGUUUGAUCCUACAUUUAGUGGAUCUCGCUAUAUAUCAGUGAUGUCGCGUGAGAGAUUUGACUUUUUGCUAAACUGCUUGCGGUUUGAUGAUAAAUCAACCAGAAAUGAACGCAAAGCUCAAGAUAAAUUCGCGCCUAUUAGAGACUUGUGGGGAGUGUUUAUUCAGAUAUGCAGGGAUAGCUAUAAAGCAGGAAGUUAUAUUACGAUAGACGAGCAACUAUUGAGUUUCAGAGGGCGUUGUAAAUUUAGGAUAAAACCUAAUAAAUAUGGCUUAAAAAUUUUAAUGCUUUGUGAUGCCAAAACAAAUUAUAUGCUAAACGCUAGGCCAUAUCUUGGACAAACUGAAACAAAUGGUGAUUCACUCGGAUCUUUCUAUGUUAAGACUUUGACUGAAGGUUUGUGGGGCCGCAACCGUAACAUCACAAUGGACAAUUGGUUUACUUCUGUCCCUUUGGCCCAACGUAUAGACUACAAGAGCUUGGAAGAGGCCGUAAAUUCUAUCGAAGAAAACAGUAAAGACGUUUUAGAGUAUGACUUAGCCAUAAUUCAACCAGAACCCAGUGUUGUCACCGACGAAGAAGAAGUUUUUGAUGAUGACAAUGUAUUACGUAACUUGCAAAAUGAUGUUCCCGGAAAUAUAGAGGUGUUCGUUCGCGAUAAGGGUGUUCUUUCCGAUAGCAGCGAUGAUGAGCCAUUAGCCACCAAGAGGGCUCGAAUCCGAUCCACUGUACCUCAAGCAGCUGAUGACCUUUCGACCAGCCCAAGUUCAUCAACAUCGAACACUCCUGUCUGGCGUAAGUGUAAUCCAAAUUAUACGAAAACCUACAUAGAAUCUGAUAACCGAAUACUAAAUGAAAGUCGCAUGAAAGAGGCAGUGAAAGAUCUUACACCUGUUCAAAUAUUCGAACUGUUUUUUGAUGAUGAAGUAUUUGACAUGAUGGUCAAUUUUAGUAACUUGUACCCGAGUCAAAAUAAUCGACACAAGUCCUAUGUCAGUGCAGGAGAGCUAAAGGUUUUCAUUGGAAUACUGAUACUGUCCGGUUACCACAAACUUCCUGGAGAACCGCGACGUCAAAUGGACGAAGCUAUUGAAUUCAUGAAAGACAAGAAAGAUGAUGAAUAUGAGAUGUUCGGAAGACUGCUCGCAACUAAAGAAAAUGUGACGCGUGAUCUCGCUGCUUUUAAACGAAAGGGCCUCAAAUCACAAAUGACGAAAAUCAUUUUUAACUAA